CCAGCUUAUCGGGGCCAGGCUGGGCUUAUCGUGUGUGCUCGUCGACCUGAGGGGUUGGCCCGAGGUGGGAGCUUGCCUUGUGCAGGAGUGCUCCGUACCUAGAAUGGCCCCACCACUACUCGACAAUACGUCAGUGAAGGGCGCCCCUUACCGCCAGGUUGCCCCUCACUCAUACAACACAUCCCACCCAUCCUCGAGCCGCGCAACGCCCGGCCGUCUGUCGCGCCCGAGAUGUCUCGACACCGCAUGUACCAGAAAUACGACUACGAGAACGACCUGGACGAGUUUGACGGAGACGAACUCGCCGACGAGGAGGAGGAUGAGCUGAGCGCCGAGGACAAGGCCCAGAUGACGGCCGCGACAGAAGAGGUCAAGACCACGCUCGGCCCUCAGGCCAGCAAGGUCACAACCCGGCAGAUUCAGGAGUCAUUAUGGCACUACUAUUACGACGUCGACAAGACCAUCGCCUACCUCAUCAGCAAGUUCAUCGAUCCGGCACCAAAACCAUCCGCCAAGACCAAGGCCCCCAAGACCAACAACCUCCAAGCACCAGACGAUCCCUGGAGAGCUUGCGCCACCACUGCCAGUUCAGAACCCUCCUGUGCCAGCUUUUUCGCCGACAUGCCAUGGUUGAACGUCCCGGAGUCACGCAGGACCGUCUUCGUCAAACCGCCACGUGUACGCGGCUCCGGCUUACUUGGAGGGGCAUCAGAGCCACCCAAGAUGUCUAAGUUGCAGGCCCUUGCCGCGGCUAGGAAGAAGAAGCGCGAGGAGAACAAGUCAGACACGCCGGAGAGGAAGAACACAACACAAAAUGAUGCUCCCCAUGCCCCCGAAACCGAAACGUUGGGGGCUAGGGUGUCGAAAAUGGACAUUUGUCGAGACGAGUCACCCAACACACAAGCGCCAGCUGCUCCGGCGCCCGCCCUCGACGGGGCAGCCGACUACAUUGCUCCAGCCAACUAUACUGCCCCAGCAGUCGUGGAAAAGGCGCAGCCUUCGACCUUUGCGCAAGCUCUCUUCCGGUCUGCUUCGGAGACCCCACGGCCUAAUCAACAAUUUUAUGCACCACCUUGGUUGGCCUUCACUACUGAUGAGGCCCUGGUUGAGGCCUUCUCGAAGCCGUCUCCUGACGAUGUAGUGCAGACGGCCCAGUCGCAAGCAGGGAAGAAGUUCACGUCCACUGCGACAAAUCCAAAGAAUAAGGAUGCAGCAGAAGCAGCCAAAAGUCUGAAAGAGUUGAAGAUUGCUGAGGUGCCGCUGCCAAAAAGCAAGAACCUAAAUGUGCUGAAAGAGUAUGAGAAGAGCCAGGGAAAGAGAAGCGCCAGUUUUGUGGUCGUAGGCCAUGUCGAUUCCGGCAAAAGUACCAUGACCGGCCGGCUGCUUCUAGACCUGGGCGAGGUCGACCAGCGGACAAUCGACAAGUACCGUAAAGAGGCCGAGAAAGAAGGUAAAUCUUCUUUCGCGCUCGCUUGGGUGCUCGAUACGAGGACGGAAGAGAGAUCCAGGGGUGUUACCAUCGACAUCGCCACCAAAAGUUUCGAGACCGAAUCGACCCUGUUCACCAUAGUAGACUCGCCGGGUCACAAAGAUUACGUACCCAACAUGAUCGCCGGGGCCAGUCAGGCUGACUUUGCCGUCCUGGUUGUGGAUGCGGCUAAGGGCGCGUUCGAAGCAGGUCUCAAGGGGCAGACGAGAGAACACGCCCUGCUGCUACGGAGCAUGGGAGUGUUUCGCUUGAUUGUUGCCGUGAACAAGCUUGACACGUCAAACUGGGAUCAAGAUCGGUUUGAUGAGAUCAAGGACCAGAUCAUGGGAUCCUUGAGGGCUCUGAAGUUCCCAGACAAGAACAUCAGCUUCGUCCCAGUAUCUGGUCUCAACGGCGACAACAUUGUGCAACGCUCCAAAAGUCCAGCUGCCGCGUGGUACACGGGCCCUACGCUCAUAGAAGAGCUGGAGGCAUCCGAGCCUGCGGCCCGGCCUCUGGACAAGCCUCUUCGGAUGACAAUCUCGGAUCUCUGGGAUACCCGUCUCAGUCCCAUCACUGUGGCGGGACGCAUAGACGCCGGGUCUCUUCAAAACGGAGAUGCCCUUGUGGUGCAGCCCAGCGGCGAGAAGGCUUAUGUGAAAGCACUUGAGCUGAAUGGCGAGCCAGUCGACUGGGCUGUUGCUGGACAGCACAUUGUUAUCUACCUAUCACAUAUCGACGAGGAUCACAUCCGCAUCGGAGACGUCAUCUGCCCUCCCUCAGCAAUGGUCCCGUGCGUCGAUACCUUCACCAUGAAGGCGCUGGCAUUCGACACCUUCUUCCCAAUGCCGGUUGAUAUCCACAAGGGAAGGUUGCACGUGCCCGGCAAGAUCUACCAGUUGCGAGCCGUGCUUGACAUCCAUACCGGUGCUGUCAUCAGAAAGACGCCUCAAAUCGUGAAGUCUGGGAGCGUCGCACGAAUAAGGAUGAAGACGGAGGACAAGGUCCCGCUUGAAAAGGGUGAAAGGGUAGUAAUCAGGUACAACGGAGACACGGUGGCGGCUGGCCUAUUAGAAGAGACCCAGUAGGAGACAUAGAUAUCUUAUAGGAAGUUAGGGAGUUGUUCCAUGAGAGGUCAUCACAUAAAAGGUUAUGGCCUUAUCCUAUGAGAAUUUAGGAGGUAUUCCUAUAAGAUGUCAUCCUACAGGAAGUUAUUCUAUGAGAGAUUACCCCAUAGUAGGGUUGUCCUAUAGGUGGUCGGGUGGAUAGAGAGUGUAGCGGUUUAGCAGAACCCCUAGCAACGCUCAUGCACCUAUGGAAGUGUCAAAAGAGAAGAGAAAGUGUUCAACAUGCCUGGCUAUCCUGUUCACCUUGCCAAAACCUGACGGCAAUAUUGAGUCUAAGUGCUCCAAAAAAUGGUGUCGUCUCGUGCGUACGACCCCUGUUCUAAAAUGCACACGUGGAAGGUUGAAGCACACCACAGGCCUGUCAUCUGAGCUCUACCUACACACCGGCUUGUGGCUGCGGGUGUCCCUGACCCAGUGUCUCCAGGGAGAGUGGUCUGUGCCGUUCGGGGCCGAGCUGACCCAUCCAUGCGGGUCGGUAGCCAGUGGGUUUCCAAUUUACAAUGGAUACUUUGGAUUUGAAGCACUCCAACACCAGGAUGCCAGGCUUCCAGAUACGUUUAAAGAACCAGCGAUUGGGCCAUCGGUAUAAAGAGGACAUCUGUUGUUUGUUUGUAUGAUAUCACACUAGCAUGAAGGCAUCUGUGUUGUGGUGUAGUGUGCAUUGUGGAGGAUAGAAUAUGGGGAAGGGUGAUCCGAUCCUCAAGGAAUUUCAGAGAUGCUUCUCGAAGGGCAGGCCUUGGCAAGGUGGAGAUUUGUGGGUACUUUUAAAGUAUGAACCUUGUUGCGUGAAGCUCCGAGAAGCCUAGUCGGGCAGUGAUCACUGUGUCAUUUUGGAAGGACACGCUGGCAAGCACGGUAGACACCCAAGAAAGACGGGUGGAAAGCA